GUUUUCUAUACUUCUAUAUUUGUUGCGGCACCCGUGUUUCGGUCCUGCUAAUAGGAGCUUUUUUAAGACAUCCCAAACACACCAGGAUCCCACUACCUAAAAAGCUACUUGGUUAUGUAAAUUGACAUCCAACCAACUAUUAAAGUGUGUAUUUGCUAUUUAUUAAGGUGUGUCUUUGGAGUCACACGAUUUCAUUUUGAUAUAGUCAAUGGACAUGCUGAUUAAAAAGUGGUAUAAAAAUCUUGCUUGUUGAUUCAGGAAGUAAAAAUGACUGCCCCAUUGGUAUGAAUAACCUGCUGUGUGAAAUGCACCUGAAUCAUGCAUCUUGGCACACUGUGUGGCUGGGAGGGAUAGUCACAUUGCGCCCAUUGCCCAGAAUUGUAUUGUUAAGUUUCUCACUGCGCAAAUCAGUAGAAAGCAGCAUGAGGCUUUACAGAAACGUACAUCUGUGCACUUAAAUCACUGCUCAAAGGUGCCUGGAAAUGGAUGCAAAAGUGUUGUGGGGAGCGCUAGGCCUCUUACGGAUAGUAUGGUGCCUACUUCCACAGAAGGGAUAUAUCCAUCCAGAUGAAUUCUUCCAGUCCCCAGAGAUCAUGGCUGGUGAUUUCUUAGAUUUGGAGACCAAUCGCCCUUGGGAAUUCCUUCCUACUUUCCCCUGCAGAACUAUACUCAUACCUCUGCUAACAUCUGGCGCAGCAUUCUGGAUUAUUGGAGUAUUACUGCCCAUGGGUGCUGAAAGGGCACUCAGCCACAGCUAUACUCUUUUAGUGCUUCCAAGGGUCUUUAUAACCAUUCUAUCCUUCCUGCUGGAUUACAGUAUCUAUCAUAUAGCACCUGCCUGGGGAUCAGACCGCUGGAAAGCAAUGAUCCUUCUUUCUGCCUCUUACGUCACUCUAGUUUUCUAUACAAGGACAACCAGCAAUGCAGUAGAAGGUAUCUUGUUUGCUUCGAUUCUGCUUCUCACAUCACCCAGCAGCCAUGGCAGUCCCAGCCACUGCAAAGGCAAAUCAAGGCUUCUAAUUGGGAUUGUUCUGGCUGCUGGGCUCUUUAACAGGCCCACGUUUCUUGGUUUUGCAUUUAUGCCAGUUUUUUUCUGGGCUGGAAAGCAUUCAAACUGCCAGUUCUCUUUCAGAACAGCACUCUCCAACAUCUUACAUCUAUUGCCUAGCUUUGUUAUUACUGCAAGCAUCUUUAUAGCUGCAGACACAUUGUAUUACAGAGGGUACCACCCAUAUUCUUUAUAUGGUACUCAGGCCUUCUCCAAGCACAUACUAGAAAAUAUAGUGUUAACUCCGCUUAACUUUCUCCGUUAUAACCUUAGCCCAGAUAAUCUUGCCCAGCAUGGAACUCAUCCUCCCGUGACACACUUGGUAGUGAAUGGGGUCAUGCUUUUUGGUUUUCUUCAUGUGUCAGCUGUGUAUUUUGGUUAUAAAAUAAUAAAAUGGUUUAUAUAUACAUCACUAUAUAGAAAUAAGUCUAAACAUGAUGACUGUAAUAAGUCAUUAACUAAACAGACAAUAUCAUUGUUCACAUUUUACUUUGUUCCUCUCUUACUGCUGUCAUUAUUUAACCACCAAGAACCUCGCUUCCUGAUCCCCUUGCUGCUGCCAUUAGUUUUAUUAAGUACCCAGUAUGGCCGAAGCACAGGCAUGACAUGUGGUAUUGUCUUGUUUAAUAUCUUAGGGUCCUUCUUCUUUGGAAGUCUACACCAAGCUGGGCUAGUUCCCAGUUUAGCACACAUGCAGCAAAUGUUACAGUCUGAUUACCCAACUAAUAACGCUACAGCCCAUUAUACUAUACUUUUCACCCAUACCUAUAUGCCUCCUAAACAUUUGCUCUACUUACCUAAUGGACAAAACUUGGUGAGUAUUAUUGACCUUGCUGGGUUUGAUAAAGACCAACUGUGCCCCAAACUGAAUGAGAUUAAGAGAGAUCUCUUACACAGAAAUAUACAAUUUGCAGGUCAGAUGAAGCAUAAUUUUUUAGUAGUGUUCCCUGGUACCAUUGCACCAGUACUGGAUAACUGUCAGUUAGCUUUCAAAAACCAGACUUUGUUUUUCCCUCACUUGUCAAUGGAAGAUCCACCUCCAUUGUCAGAUUUGUUCAGCGGUAAUCUGACUACCCAGUUAGCAUUGCAUCUGAUUGAGGUGAAUCUCAACAUGUACAAGGCAUGAGAUCUACAAAAGUAUGUAUAGUGGUCAAACAGCACUUUUUAGUAUCUCAGUAUUUAUAUUUUUUUAUUUUACAUGCUUUCAUGUAUUAUACUGAUGUUAUAAAUCUUUGGUAAAGGUCGGAUACUGGAACCUUUUAGUUAUGUUAUUUUUUUACUGCAAAAAAAUUGUAACUUGAUGGAAAGCCAAAUGACGGUGAUCAGUCACUCAGUGGGAACUAGUAUUAUACUUACACAUGGACAUUCAGUAUCUGUCAUCUAGUUCUUUUGCUUCAAAAGUUUGGGCACUCCUGGUCAAAUUCUGUGUUUAGUUUAUUUUGUAAGUGUAAUAUUCAAUAUCAGAGUUGCUCCUGGACUUAUGAGCCAUAUAAGGGGUUAACAGUGAUUCUGGGCUCAGGAAGGAGGGAGUGUAACAGCCACAGAGAUUGCUAUCCUGUCAUAAAAUGCUCUUUCAAGUCUAUCUCCUGAAUGGGGUAUGUAAAUCAGCCACACCCGUCAUGGACAAAAGAGGAGACCCACAGGCCCGCACCAAAACAGCAAUAAACAAAGGUGGUGUCCAGGAAGGAAAAGCAUGGGAAAGAACAACAACAAAUGGAUGCCCAGCAGGAACAAAAGGCAAACUAAAGGC